UUGCAAGCAAAAUUGGUGCUGCACCGAGUGCACUGGAAUUCCGCUUCUAUUUUUUUAAAACAAAUACGCCGGUCGAAUGCAACUAAUGCCAACCUGAAACAACGUCAAAUUUGUUCUGGCUAGUGUAAUUCCAAAACUAAAAAUCCCAACAAAGAAGUAAAAUUUCGUUAAAAACCUAAUAUUCAAUAAAUGGCUAAUUAUUUCUGCAAAAACAUACUAAAAUGAAUAAAAACCAUCAAAAAAUGUGUUGAAAAGUGUAUUUUGAGGGGGCGCACCACAUAAACAAACAAUCUUUUUGUGGCCCGAGUGGAUUUUAUUUUGACAGUUGUAGUUUAGGGGUCUCAGGGAAAAAGCUGGAAAACGUCAAAAUUAAUUGUUGGAAAUCAUGGAUUUCGAUUUGAGCAAGGAAAACAUCCAACCUUUACGUAGAGGCCGCAACCCGCACCAACUGGAAAUGGCUCUGCAAGCUCAAACCAAUCCCGAAUACCAGGUGCAGCUGCAACAACAAAAACAGGAAUUUGAAGCACAGAUUACAAACUACCAGGGUGACGAUCCUUUGGAGAAGUACUACGAGUACAUUGCCUGGAUCGAGCAAAGUUAUCCCAAGAAUGGGCAUGAAGGUAACUGUGCCGGCGUCCUAGAAUAUUGCCUGGGGUUGUACGAAAACGACCCUCGGUACACCAAUGACAUACGAUUUUGCAAGUUGUGGAUUAAAUAUAUUGACUCGUUCCCGAACCCGCCCGAACUCUACCGCAUGAUGAAAUCGAAAAACCUGUGCACCGGUUUCGCCGACUUCUACAAAGCCUGGGCCUACUAUUACGAAGCGGCCGGCGACUUCCAAUCGGCACACAACGUGAUCGAAGAGGGCAAAGCGAACCUGGCGCAGCCCUACAACGAACUCGAAGAUGCACUUAAACACAUAAUCACUGCCGCUGGCGAACAUUCACUUUUCGGCCCCAACGAGAAUCGUUUGCAAGCCAAAAGACAAGCGCUGACGUCACUGCCCUCCUAUAAAGGCAAAGUAAAUCAUGUAAGACAUGCGGGUGGUAGUCAAAUGUUUGGAGGUGGGGCGAUUGGUGUAAGUAGCAACGUACAACUACCUCAAGUGUUUGUGGAUGAUGGAGCAGGUGCAGGACUGUCGGGAGGCGCAGCCCCGGUCAGUAUUGUCACUGUUGCCAAGCGGCAAGAGGCUCCCAAAGAGAAUACCAUGAAACCCGGGCCUUGGACUACAGUACCUCAUAAAAAACGAGUUUUGUCCAAUCACAAACUGGUUCCGAGUUUUACGUUACAUGAAGACGAAUCUCCUCAGAAAUGUUUGCCGCCCAAUUUGCCUCCUGUUUGUUUGGAGGAUUAUGCGAAUUCUAGUCUUAAAGUGGCACUUACUAAUCCAAGCGCUGAUGAUGAACGUCCCACCAAUUGGCACGGUUAUCCUAAACAUAAAGUUUAUAUGGAUUUGAAUGUAGAAUAUUCGAUUGAGGAAAUUAGGGCUUUGAGGUAUUUGAAGAAGGAGGUGCAAGAAGUGGUAUGUGUGGAAGAGGAAAUGGAUUCUAUUUUAAUUGAGGAUGACGAUGAUGAUUGUAUAGUGGUGGUGCAGGAUCCACCUCAGAUGGAGCAACAGGGUAUGUUCCAAAUUUACCAAUCACCAAUGGCGGUGAAUCAAGCAUCUACAAUAGAAAUAGCGCCAAAUCACGCAGUCAGUCACAGUCCUUGGAAGUCACAGGCGGAACAUCAAGAUUUUUUGCAGAAUGUAUUCAGUAAAAACAACGAGAGCAGAUUGAGUAACACACCAAAAUUCGUCAUUCGGCAAGAUUCUCCUGCAGCGCCAACGGGACUUUACAAUUUGGCCUUUACUCCUGAAGCCUCGCCCAAAAAAGCUCCCUCUACACCGUUUGAAGUUUAUGAACAAUCGAUGCAAGAACUACCGCCCCUAGCACCACCAAACGGUAACGCGAUGAAAACGACUUUUAGGACUUUAAACGCCGACGAAGUGGAAACUGGUUCGAGAGGUGGGAUGGACGGGGCGAUGGCCGCUCAGCCGAUAGAUGGCGCCAAACCUUCUGCAGUAAUACCGUUCAGUGACAGCAGCUCUUCUUCCUAUGACGAUCCUGAACAAAUGGCGGAGCUGCUUGAUUGUAGCUCCACUCAACAGUUCAAUUUCAAUUUGAAUGCCAUGCGCGUUAGUACGCCGCAAGAUAAAACUUCUCAACCGAUGCAUUCAACCAAUGACCAGCUGGAAAGCGCUCGCAAGGCUUUGUUUAGUAAAGAACUUUACCAAUGCGACAAAAAGGCGCUUAGCACGAUUCUAGAAGAAAAAAGCUACGUUACAAGUUCCAGUUCCAGUGGUGGUACCGCAACCAAAUUAUCACUUUAUGGACAACCCACAAAAAUGAAUACAAUUUCUGAAGAGCACAACAGCUAUUUGGAGCAAAAUCUCAAAGCAAACGAGGAAUUGAGACGUAGUUUUUACGCAAGUGUAAUGGAAGAUACGCCAACACCCCCUGUGCCGAUGCAAUACACCCCUAUUCACAGUCCCAUUCUGAACGCGACUCAGCCUCUGAGUCAAGUACCCUCGGACCCGUUCAAGGCCAAGUUGUUGAACCAGUUGCUGGACAGAGUUUCGUUUCCCGGCGUCCAUCAUCAGGGUUUCGUACAUAUCAACGGCAAUCCCAGGUUGAUGGUCAAGAAGGAAAAGGAACCGGUUUUUAUAGGUAGAGACAAGUACCUAAUCGAAAAGGUACUGGGAAAAGGACAAUUCGGUACCGUCUACAAAGCCUACAACUACCAGAUGAGCUGCACAGUGGCCUUGAAGUACCAACGACCGCCCAACCGGUGGGAGUUUUACAUUUGCAGCGAGUUACAAGCCCGCUUGUCCGAACAUCCUUUACGCGACCGCUUCAUGGACAUUUCAAUUGGAUAUUUUAGUGAUCAAGCAUCAAUAUUGGUUUCGAAAUUUGAGCCAUUUGGUUCCUUAUUGGACACAGCUAACCUAAUCAAACUGCUCCCGUCCAAAGACAGAGAGUCACUUUGUAUAUUUUUCACAUUGGAAAUGUUGAAAAUCGUGCGGGCAAUGCACGCAGCUAAAAUAAUCCACGCCGACAUUAAACCUGACAAUUUUCUUGUAAUGUUGACCUCGUGCAAUGGCCUUGCUUUACAGCUCAUUGACUUUGGCUGCAGUAUUGACAUGAGCCUGUUUCCUGACAAUGCAAUGUUCACCACCCCUAUUAGCACUGAGAAUUUCAUUUGCUGCGAGGUUAGAGAUGGACAACCUUGGAGCUACCAUACUGAUUUGUUUUGCGUUGCUGCUUCUGCGCAUGUGUUACUUUUUCAUGAGUAUAUUAAUUUGAAAAAGUGCGGCGGUCGAUGGAGUUUUACGUCAAGAUUGCCGCGUUAUACCAACAACGAGCUGUGGAAUUUGUUUUUCAGUAGUUUGUUGAACCAGCAAUUGGGUAUUGCCGAUUUGGCAACGUUGGAGCGGCGCUUUACCAAGGAACUGGAAGAAACUGUUAGACAAAAGGAUUUACGUUUGCAGCUUGUUUCUUUGACCAACUUGUUGAAGAAGCGAUAAAUGUCAAUUUUUUAAAAAAAAAGAAGAGACUAUUUGGCAACAGUGUCGCCUUUCUGUUUUAGUCCGCAUUAUUUAUUUUUUAUUAUUACGAUUUAAUAAUAUGUAAUAUUAGGUACCUACACUGAAUUUCUUUUUUUCAGGCUGUUUUUAUAGUUGUUGAAUAGGUUUGUUCGGAGCUAGUCCAAAAUCAGUUCUGAACAAACCUAAUAUAUUAGGAUAACAAAAACAAAAUAUAUACAUUUAAAUUGGAAAAUAGU